GAAUUGAAGAAUUGAAGAGUACUUGUUUUACCCGCCAUAUGUCAACUGAGAUUGACAAAUUACCGUGCUUGAAAAAAUUGCACGUAAAACUACAAGACUUGGGAUAUUACUUUAUUGUAUAGCUCUUAUAUCAGAGAUAGAGAUCAGUAUUAAGCAGAACCAUGUCAGCAUUAGUUGUUAUAUUCCUCAUUUCGUUGAUACCAUUUCCCCUGUGUUAUAUUCUAAACACUCAACAAUGGAUGCAGGAACCAGUAGUGAUAUUAGUUGUUGGGAUGGUAGUGUUGUCAUUGAUUGUGCUGGUUCCCUUUCUUCUUGUGAGGCGUAUGAAGAAACCAGAGUUUAUCCUAUAUGUAAUGGGUCUUUUCAUGUUCAGUAGUAUAAUCGACCUUAUUAUUGCCCUGGAGGCCGAUGGUUUAAUACCGGAGGUGAUGACAUUUUAUCUGAAAGAUGGGGAACCCUAUCUAUGGACACCAUAUGGAACCAUGAUCAAUUACUGGGAUGGUACGGUUCACUAUGGAAUAUGUUUGUGGAUGUUAUAUGCAAUAUCAAAAGGAUGGAGUUACAGAAAAGUUGGAUUGUUUUGGUCUGGUUCCAUCAUAAACAGUUUGUUGGUACUGGUUCCUGGCAGUGUUAUAGGAAAAUUUGGUGUCAAAGUUGCAAUUCUAUUGAAUCUUCCAUACUUGUUUGUUCCUGUGUGGAUUGCCUUCAGACUCCUGAAGUCACGUCAGCCAACAACAUUAGAUUCACAGUGUGCAGAUAGAGGAUCUAGUAUAUGGAAGAGACCACUGGAUAUUUUGUUUAUUGUUUACUUCCUCUAUGCUACAAUAGUGGAUCUGUUGAGAGGAUCAAUUGCAUUAGGAGGUCAGGAGGAUAUACUUGUAGAAUAUUUAGAGGAUCAUGAACCUUAUAUCAACAGUCCAUUUGCUUACCCUAAAGUUCAGCUGAUAGUUUACUUGAUGUACUUUGUGCCAUAUUAUGCGAGUGCAAUCUAUGGGUUAUUGAACCCAGGUCAGGUGUGGAUGUCCGACUGGGCUUUGUUGUAUGCUGGGGCUGCUGCUCAGGGUCAGUUUUCACAUAUAGGUGGAAGUAUACAUCCAAGAACAGAGGCGGAGUUUCGGGUGCCGUCACAAGCUCAUUCACAACAAAUAUUCUGGUUGUUAAACAUAUUAUUGUUUAUAAUGCCUAUAUUGUUUGCUCUUCGGCAAAAUUUAUCUGGGAAGAAAAGCAACAGUCACAAGAAAUCACAUUAAAAACUAUUGUUAUAGUUCUGUGACUUAUUGACUACAUGAUAGUUUUAUAUAAUUACCUUAUACAUGUAUCUAAUCAGUUUUAUAAUUUAGCUUUUAUCUUGCCAAUUAACCCCCAAAACGUCAAUGAUAUGUAUUUUACUAGGCUUAUUUCUUGCCAGUU